GUCCACGUCAGCCCCGUGAAGCCGUCCCGGGCGGAGGCUCAGGUGGACCACCGGUCGAGGUCGUUCGAGGCGGCGCGGCAACGGUCGGGGUCGCUCGAGCUGGCGCGGAACCUGAGCCCGCUGCCGGGCAUCGCUGCGAGUUUCCCCGGGAGUAUCUCCAGCGCCCAUGGUUCGUGCCGCCUCGACUCGGCGGCGACGUUGGCGCUUCCGUUCAAGGGGAACGGCAGGGCGGCGAGCGAAAUUGCCUUGGUGACCCUGAGCGCGGCUGUGCUCCUGAAGGGCCUGGCGCCCAGCUCUAGCCGCCGGAGCCUCAGCGAGCGGCGGGCGGCGAGGCGUCGGGGCCGAGAGAUCCUUCGCGGGCCCGACGGGCUCUGGUUCGUCUUCGGCGUGCGCGGCGGCCCGUUCGCCAGCGAGUAUUCGGGAGCCGAGGGCGUCCGCUUUGAAGACGGACAGCAUUGGCUGUUCGGCGCUGUCCUGGGCCACUGGGAGCUGAUCCCCCUGCGGGAUUCUGGACGCUUCCCUGGUGAGCUCGAUCAGCUCAUUGUGCGAAGAUCGUUGGCGGCACUGCGAGGAGUACGGCGCCACUCUGUAAAUGCUUCUCUGGUCUUGGCGUGGCUGGAUGCCAGUUGCACUCUGAGAUCGCUCAGGCACGCCGCUAAAGGCGCGAUCGCUUGGAGCAGGCUGUUCUCAGAGAGUGGGCGGUUCGAUCGUAUCGAAUUAAAGCGCAGCUUGAGAUUGAUCAGGUACGAGACCUUGCGCGCGGCCAGGGUCAGAGCAGACUGGACUGCCAUGCGCCUGACCAGACAACUAUUCCUCACAAUGAAUUGGAAUGAGGUUGACAUCUACCUGUAUGUUGAUUCCAGUCCGCAAGGCAGAGGCUGGGAGAUGCAAGCUGCCUCGUACCGUGUCCGCGUUGCAGGCCGAGAGUUUCUUUCCAGGAUGUUUGCCCCAGUUCUUCUUAUGAGAACUCAGCUUUCGGCACUUGCCAAGACUGCUGCGCUAUUGUGGCAGAUUCACUUGGUGUUUGGCGGCAAUGCAACUGUCAUGCGCAAAGUUCUCGAUCGCGUGCGUGGCGUGGUCUCCGAUAUGGGGACAGAAUACAUGGUCGCCAAAAUGAACGACUGUCUGCCUGAUUUUUAUCAGUGUCUUGGCGCCAAGUUUGUGCUUGCCAGGCGACAGCUGUUGUUGCCGCGUGCCAUUGUUAUUCCUGGCUGGAGGCACAAGGUGGAUAAUCUUACCAGGUGCGGCUGUAAUACCCUUGUGUGGUUCCCACGCUUUCUCGUGAGGAUCAAGGCGUUGGCGUCGCUCUUCAGAGAUGAGGCCAUCAAUUGCACUCGAUCUGGUUGCGUGCUAGGCUUUGCUUUCGAGCACGACCUGUCUAAGUUGAGGGCUGGGCUGAACGAGGCCAAUGCUUGGAUGGAGGGCAGGUUCGGCCCCGACCAGCAACUGUUGCGCCAAGCGGUGGCGAUGACGGUGCAGGGCCGAGUGCAGGUGGACAUAUUGACGGCGUGCUGA